AUGUGGCGACAAGUUUUCUCUGUGUAUACAAUCAUUGUUCAUUAUCAUUAUGUAUUUGUUAUCAGUGGUCUAACUUUAUGGCCCUUCUCUUACCAACAUUUAUUUACACAUUUCAGUUACACGAGCUACAACAGCUACUGUUCAAGCCUCUCGGUCCUCGGUUCAAGCUCCAAGCCUCUCUGGUCUGCUGAGUUGCUGAGUAAAUAG